GAAGAUCUGGAUCCAUGGUGGAUACUUCUACGAUGGAUCUGUCGUGAGGUACUCGGACGUGUGGGCCUAUGACAUCCAGUUCGACACCUGGACAGAAGCCGUAAGUUCAUCGAGCAUGCAGCGUUACAAUCAUGUGGCAGCGAUGGAUUCGAGUGGCCGGCUGUGGACCUAUGGCGGGACGUAUAGCAGCGUAGUGGACACCGUACAUGUCUUCAUCACCGAACCUGCGACCACAACCACAGUGACCACUACUACAGUGACCACUACUACAGUGACCACUACUACAGUGACCACAGCUACAGUGACCAUAACCACAGUGACUACAACCACUGUGACCACAACCACUGUGACCACAACCACACUUACUCCCACCACCUUACCCAACCUCGGGGACGUGGCGGAAGCCGUCCUAGCCUUGGCUUCAAUCGAAGAGACCCAGCGCCAGGCCUCCACCACCCUGGCCAUGCAAGUGGACAACACCACAGCGGAUGGUCUGCUUGAGAGGCAGGACUCGGCAACUUUUGGGAUGGUCAUUACCAAGGCGUUGGCUUCUAGGAGCACUUCUUUCAACAUCAACUUUGGGGAUGUUGAAGUGGAGCUACCUGGACCUCUACUUGAAGGUACCCCACCCGGUGGUGUUUGGGGCAUCAGCGCAGCCCUUCUCACGGAGAACAGCAGCGCUUUCCAGCUUUUUGCCUCCGAUCGGCUCUUUGCUCAACCCAUGGUGAGCUUGGAGCUUUACUACAAUCUAGUAGAGGUACAGGGCCAGCUUCCAGAGAGUAUCCUCCUCAGCUUUCCCGUUCCCGCGUUGCCAGGCUCGGUCCGUCCAUCGUGCGUCUUUUGGGAUGAGGAGUUGCGCGACUGGUCCACGGAGGGUCUCUCCUUGGUAGGCACGACCAACGGCACCAUCACCUGCGCCACCAGCCACCUCUCGCUCUUUGCCGUGAUGUUCUUGACCUUCAUCUGCAGCAAUGCGGCCGCUAUCUUCUCGCAGGAAGGUCUGCAGUCCCUGCUGGAGACAUCAUGGGUAACGCGGCCGCCAGCGAUUGCAAUCUGGCUCACGCUGUUCGUUGGUAUUGGGCUCCUGGCAGUGGCUGCCUUCCUAGACCACCGGCAUCGCCAGGAUCGCGCGCAGCUGCUGCGCAGCUGGGAAUCUAACCGACAAGUGGAGCUCCACAAGAUGAGGAGCAAAGAGCUUCCAGAGGAGAAGGUGACUCUUGACGCCACGACACUGAAGAACUUCCUCCUCAAGCACUUGCACUCCAAGAUCCUCCUUGCGUCGAUGGGCGUGGACCUUCCCUUCUUGAAGAAGCUCUAUGCCAUCGGAGGCGAAAGUAUGGAGCAGCCUUGCGCUGGUUGCCAUCUUUUACAGCACGACCUCCUUAGCUGCAGAGCUUCCGUCUGA